AUGGUAGGUCGGAAACUAGCUCUGCAAUAUGGGACCCCUAGGUCUCCCAUUUCUGAAACUAAGGUGCCUGGGACCUCUCCCAACUCGUAUCUCACAAGCAGCGGGAUUGCCCACCGCAAGAUCCCAUGGGUGGCCUUUCGCCUGCCCACUCUACAGUCUACAUUGGAGGCGCCCCUGCCUGCAGCCAUGAAGCAGGACCCACGAAUUUGUGCUUUUGAUGAAGUCAUCAGCAGAUGGGAAACCACCUCUGGCUCGGCAUACACACCGAAGGCGCAUGGUGGCCCCUGUGCUCAGCCCAGGGCAGUAGAGAAUAAGGACCCCAGGCGGCCACUAGGCAUCAAGUCUUUUGUAGAGAAGCUAAGAAGACAACCGGGCUUGGGUGUCACUCGGAACAGAAAACACCAGAUCAGCGAGAUGAAGGCUCAGUACCUGGGCUUGCCAGGCUUGGACCAGACAGCCCCUCUCUUUGCGGACCCCCAACCCCUGGAGUUCAUUGACCACUUCCGAGGGGGCCCUUCCCAGGCCCUAAUUCCCUGGACGAGGAACCCUGAGCUGGCUGGCCAGCCCUUCACAGUGCAUAAGAUGGGUGCCCUGGAUCGCCUGCAGCUCUACCUGACCACUUCCGCACAAGACUUCCAGAGGAAAGAGUUGCCUGGAUACCCCAAUCGGGAAUUGAUCUGCACAGGUCCGCUCCAGAAGUCUCAGGUCCCCAGCCAACGCCAACUUAAGCUCCAGGAAGGUGCAGAGAGGAUGCGCCUAGGCCGUGGACACCAAAUGCCACCACCGGCUGUACCGCACACGGGGGUCCUGCCCCUGACUCGAGAGUCCUACAGGUCCCCAGUGUACCCGCUCUGCAGGGUGAACCACUUUUGCCUACCCUGGAGCAGCCCCCACCCAAAGCCUGUGCCGGGCAUCUACAGCGUGCCCAAGGCCUACAGCACUGAGAACUCCCGCUAUGGCAGUGCCAGUACUGAGCUGCUGUGAGCCCCACCCACCGCAAAAAAAACAACAGCAUUGGAUUUGUGGGCGGGUCAACCCAGACAUACCCCUCCUUCCCUAAGCAGGAGCUUCCUCCUGGCAGAGUUUACAGAUCAAGUUUUAUAGCUGAAACCACACCCAUUAUUUGGACUCAGUCCACGAAUACUGACUCGGGGCUUGGGCGGGUGGGUGGCGC